AUGUCCCUGGUAGAUUUGGGGAAGAAGCUUUUGGAAGCGGCACGGGCAGGCCAAGAUGACGAAGUCCGUAUUUUGAUGGCAAAUGGAGCUCCUUUUACCACAGACUGGCUGGGAACUUCUCCACUUCAUCUGGCCGCACAGUAUGGGCAUUACUCUACCACAGAGGUGCUUCUCCGAGCCGGUGUAAGUAGAGAUGCCAGGACCAAAGUGGACCGGACACCACUGCACAUGGCAGCUUCUGAGGGCCAUGCCAGUAUAGUAGAGGUUUUGCUUAAGCAUGGUGCUGACGUCAAUGCAAAGGAUAUGUUAAAGAUGACAGCUCUGCAUUGGGCGACAGAACAUAUUCAUCAAGAGGUGGUGGAGCUUUUAAUCAAAUAUGGUGCUGAUGUACACACGCAGAGUAAAUUUUGUAAAACUGCAUUUGAUAUUUCAAUAGACAAUGGAAAUGAAGAUUUAGCAGAGAUAUUACAGAUUGCUAUGCAGAACCAAAUCAACACCAACCCGGAGAGCCCUGACACUGUGACAAUACAUGCUGCCACGCCGCAGUUCAUCAUUGGACCCGGAGGGGUGGUGAACCUUACAGAUGAAACAGGAGUAUCUGCUGUUCAGUUUGGAAACUCCUCUACGUCAGUAUUAGCUACAUUAGCUGCCUUAGCGGAAGCAUCUGCCCCAUUGUCCAAUUCUUCAGAGACUCCAGUAGUGGCCACAGAGGAAGUGGUUACCGCAGAAUCUGUGGAUGGUGCAAUUCAGCAAGUAGUUAGCUCAGUGGGUCAGCAAGUCAUCACGAUAGUCACAGAUGGAAUCCAGCUGGGAAACCUGCACUCCAUUCCAACCAGUGGGAUGGGUCAGCCCAUCAUUGUGACCAUGCCCGAUGGACAGCAAGUAUUGACAGUGCCAGCCACAGACAUUGCUGAAGAAACUGUCAUCAGUGAAGAGCCACCAGCUAAGAGACAGUGUAUGGAAAUAAUUGAGAACCGGGUGGAAUCUGCAGAGAUUGAAGAGAGAGAAGCGCUUCAGAAACAGCUGGAUGAAGCCAACCGAGAGGCCCAGAAGUACCGACAGCAACUGCUUAAGAAGGAGCAGGAGGCAGAGGCCUACAGGCAGAAGCUGGAGGCCAUGAAACGCCUCCAGACCAACAAAGAAGCCGUUUAGUCUCCGUGAACACCUGUUUGCUUUUACCUUUUGUCCAGAAAGAAUGCAGUCUUGAACUGUACACAGUAAGGACACAGCCUUGGGAGUACGAAAUGAUAAAGAGUACUACCGAUUGAUAAUGGGACUUAAGCCAUGAGCUCUCAGUUCUUGUAAUAUAAAACUUCAGAACUUGUGAAAUGUAUUUAAAACUGAAUUCUGUAAAUAGUUUUUUUGGUUGUUUCUUUUUUUACAGUUAUAAAUGAGUUGAUAAAGAUUGUUGCAGAGAUCCAAAAACCACAGUAUGCCACUGUUAUGGGGAAUUCUUUUUGAUUUGGGUACAGACUCAACUUCUCAGAAACAGAAGUUUUAAGCGUGAUCGUUGUCGAUUAGACCAAAUGUGUGACAAUUAUGGUGACUGAUGCUGGAAAGACUCUGCAGAGAGAUUUCUCCCAGGAACUUUGUACAGCUUUUAGGUUGUCUCAGGUUCUCUGAAGACAUUUUUUAGGGAGCAGAAAUUUUAUAUUUGUUCAAUUUCAGCUACACGCAAGUAUACAAGAUUUACAUGUAUAUGAAGCCAAUAUUUUUAAAAUUUUGUUUGUACAUAGUCUGCAUGUUUUAUGAUAUUAAAACGCAUCACUUGCUUAGGUAUGUUUCCCACAAAGACGAUGAAAGUUACCAAGAAAAACAAAGGCACCGCUGUC